CGACACCCGACCGCCCUUUAUCUGGAGCCGUUUUUUCCGAGUCUUGCAGCUCAAGUUUUGCAGUCAUCGCGUCGUCGAGGGCUCGGCAGUCUUGAAAAGAUUUCCGCUGAGGUUCGCUACCGUGCACAAAUUAUAAGCUUUACGAGAAACGAAGAUCAUGAAACGUGGCCAGUUUACUGUUUUGGUAUUCUCCAUUGCUGCAGCGGCGAUCGGAGUUCUUGCCCAGCAGCCGUCGUGCCACGACCCGCGCGAGUCAGACUACGAAUACUACCGCUGCCUCAACUUCGGUAGCCCCGAUGACUUCUCUUCGCAGCUCAUUCGUCCUCAACUCCGCCCCGACUUGACGUUCGUUCUCAAGAACAGUAGCUUGAGCCACCUGCCCGCCGUAGCGUUCACACAGAUAAACGCAUCCGUCCUGGAACUGUACAACGUGCAUCUCGACACUUUCUCCCGGCCAGGAGAGAAUCCUUUCGAAGGGCUGCAAAGUUCUCUCAGGAAGAUCAUCUUAAGCGAAGGCACUACAAUACCGACUUCAUGGGCCCCUUUUUCGUCUCUCGAACAGCUGAAGACAGUCCGCAUUUCCGAAGCGAAAAACCUGGUGCUUUCAAGAAGUUUCAACGAGCUGCCACAGAGCGUGAAGGUUAUCAACAUCGCCUUCUCGGAUAUCGCCUCGGUUGACGAGGACUGGGUGUCAAACCUGGUGAACCUAGAAGUUAUCGGCAUUCGUCACUGCAAUCUGCGAGUGUUCUACCGUUCGAUGCUUCCUAGACCAGCGCCCAAGUUGUGGAGGAUCGACCUCUACAAGAACAACUUGACGUCCCUUCCUCGAGACUUCAGCGUUGACAUGCCCCUCCUGCGGUCUGUCACGGUCGAGCACAACCAAAUCACCACGUUUCACCCGGAAACGUUUGCUCCUCUGGCUCUCGACGAGGUCAACAGGGUUCGCUUCAUCGGAAAUCCCCUGCAUUGCGACUGCAAGCUGAAAUUUGCCCUGCAAUACCCACCCAGUUGGCUGAACGCCAACUGCGAAACUCCGCAGGCGCUGAAGGACCAGCCGCUUAAGGAUCUCACCGAGGGACAGCUGACUUGCGCCGAUGGUGCAUGAGUUCGUGUAACGAACCUCGCCCUCCAUACUUUACACAGAAAGUGACAUUUGUGCAGAAUAGGUGCUGCCAAUGCUGAAAAGUUCAGGGCCCAUUUUCUAUAACUUAGUUACCAACGGAUUUAUUGUCGCGAUUAUUCGAUUAUUCUUCUCGUUUAGCCGAUAUGCUGAGCAUGACAAACACCUGUUAUCGGGAGCUUCUAAAAUGCCAAUACCCGUUGAAUUCGCACGAGGUUUGUGAUGCUUUGUGUAGGGCUCGCUAGUGGUCACUCAAUAAAAAGUUCAUGUCUAAGCGAGUCCCUUGUUGUUAUGAGAAAAUAAACAAUUAGAUGACUUGA